CAGAUAUAGUGAAUGCAGGGCCCGGUGAGACCGGAUGUAGUGAAUGCAUUGUCCAGGGAGACCAGAUAUAGUGAAUGCAAGGUCCGGGGAGACCAGAUAUAGUGAAUGCAAGGUCCGGGGAGACCGGAUAUAGUGAAUGCAAGGUCCGGGGAGACCAGAUAUAGUGAAUGCAAGGUCCGGGGAGACCAGAUAUAGUGAAUGCAAGGUCCGGGGAGAGCGGAUAUAGUGAAUGCAGGGUCCGGGGAGACCAGAUAUAGUGAAUGCAGGGGUCCGGGGAGAGCAGAUAUAGUGAAUGCAGGGUCUGGGGAGAGCGGAUAUAGUGAAUGCAGGGUCUGGGGA